UAUGCUAUGUGGUGAUGUCAUGGUGUGUGAAGAAAAGGGGUCCUGUGUUUACAGCAGCAUUUAGUCCCUUCAUACAGGCAUUUGUUGCCAUCUUUGAUAUCUCCAUUCUACAUGAACAAAUUCACCUUGGAAGUGUGCUGGGAUCAACCUUUGUGGUGGUUGGCAUGUAUAUUCUUUUAUGGGGUAAAAGCAAUGAAGCUGAUAAUUUUAUUAUAAAGGAUGCUCCAACAAUGAAAGGGGAUGAAGAUUGCAAUAUUCAGUUGUCUUGUGUCAUACCUGUGACAGUCACUGCUGGUAAUCUAAGCUCUACUUGAAGUAUUCAAGGAACUUGUAAUUUUGAUCAAAUUCUUACCAAAAGUCUCAUAAUCAACCAUAUUAACUUCUAAUAUUGAUCAGUUUGUAGAAUGUAUCUAUAAUUGUUUUAGAUCAUCAGACAAUUAGUUUAUUACAAUUACUUUACUGUUUUACAUGCAAACUUGUGUUUUAUGUCCAA